AUGCCGGGGCAGAAAAGCAGUUGCAACAGUUCCAGGAAUUUUCAAGAACGGGCUCCGACCGGAAGUCAUUCAUGCCAAGAAGAUCAAAAUGGCGCUAAGUCGACGCUAGGCGCACCAUGUUACUCAUGCGAGGACACGUUCGAUCCAACUUUCAUUUUCCGGUUCUCCUACCCUUACCACAAUAUAGUCUUUCGACGCUCUAGAUACAUCCUGAUACUCAUGAACAGACACAUUCGAUUACUUCCGCUUUCCGGUUCAUCCAUGUAUACUCCCCAUAAUAUAGUCCGUCAUGUAAAGGUCUACUGUCCUGUAGCACUAUUGCCCUCAUCUCAGAAGGAAUCCGUAUUUUUCACAGUCUUGAAUGCGGACCUUGUACAUGUUUCAUUUGGGCGAUGA